AUGCACUUGGCGGCGGCGGCGGUGGAGGAGGAUACGGCGGAGGUCGCGGCGGUGGCGGUGGAGGCGGAAGUGUGCUCCCCGCAGUUUUUCUUGGAAGUGGACAGCUCUCCGCCGGUGGAGGCGGUGGAUUCGGAGGUGGUGGCAGUGGAGCCGGUGGAUUCGGAGGUGGUGGCAGUGGAGGCGCUGGAUUCGGAGGCAGCGGCGGCUCGGCUGGUGGAUUCAGUGGUAGCGGUUUUGGCAGCGGCAGUGGAAGCAGUGGUUUUGGAGGCAGCGGCUUUGGCAGCGGUGGAGGAGGCAGCGGCUUUGGCAGCGGUGGAGGAGGCAGCGGCUUUGGCAGCGGUGGCGGAGGAGGUGGCGGCCGUGGAGGCGGUGGCUAUGGGAAAUAAAGUUACGCGCCCGGAUUGCCACACUCUUACCUCUGCCUUUGUUCCUUUAACAGUAGUGAUAGUGGCCGUGAUGGCGAUGGUGUACGUUGCUGCAGCUGGAGGAGGAUAUGGAGGAGCUGGCGGAUUCGGUGGGGGCAAUGCACUUGGCGGCGGCGGCAGCGGUGGAGGAGGAGGUUACGGCGGAGGUCGCGGCGGUGGCGGUGGAGGCGGAAGUGUGCUCCCCGCAGUUUUCCUUGGAAGUGGACAGCUCUCCGCCGGUGGAGGCGGUGGAUUCGGAGGCGGUGGCAGUGGAGGCGGUGGAUUCGGAGGUAGCGGUGGAUUCGGAGGCAGCGGCGGCUCGGCUGGUGGAUUCGGAGGCAGCGGUUUUGGCAGCGGCAGUGGAAGCAGUGGUUUUGGAGGAAGCGGCUUUGGCAGCGGUGGAGGAGGCAGCGGCUUUGGCAGCGGUGGAGGAGGCAGCGGCUUUGGCAGCGGUGGAGGAGGCAGCGGCUUUGGCAGCGGUGGAGGAGGCAGCGGCUUUGGCAGCGGUGGCGGAGGAGGUGGCGGCCGUGGAGGCGGUGGCUAUGGGAAAUAA